UAUUUCCUCAAUUGACCAUUGACCUCACCGAACAACAAACUUUUCCCAUACAACAUAGCCAUACGCCAUGGCAACUUCCAAGAAGCUGCGCGAGCAGAAGGGAAAACCACAGAAGGUUGAGAAGACGAAAUCCAAGUCCAGCGCAACCUCAACCGUGCCAUCUCCGCUCCUCGAUCUCGUUCACGGUUUCCUGCUCGAACACGGCUAUGAUGAGGCCGCCAACAAGCUUGAAAAGAACACCGCGAAGAAAGAUGUAACUUUCAAGGGAAGCGCAAGUGGAUAUCCUGAAUUGACGGAUUUGUUCCGCCAGUGGGAAGAGAAGGCGCCAAAAGGGAAGGAAAUAGCAUCGCAAGAUGUAGACAUGGAGGACGCAUCUAGCAGUGACGCCAGCAGCAGCUCGGAUAGCGACUCAAGCAGUGAUUCCUCUAGCGAUGAAUCUGAAUCUGAAGAAGAAUCGAAGAAGGCCUCCGCCUCCAGUUCGAGCUCGAGCUCCGCCUCUUCAAGCUCCGAUUCUGAUUCUGACUCGGAGUCUGAAGCAGAAGCGGCUGCUCCUCCUAAAAAGAAGGCGAAGAUCGCUGCAUCAGUUUCAUCCUCAUCAUCCUCAUCAUCGAGCGGGUCAGACAGCGACUCCGACAGCGAUUCCAGCGACUCUAGCGACUCCAGCGACUCCAGUGACUCCGAUAGCGAGUCUGAUAUUGCCCCCGAGAAUGUGCCUCUCCCAGAGUCGGACGAUUCUUCAAGUGCUUCUAGCGACUCUGAUUCAAGCGAUUCUUCGAGCGCGUCGAGCGAUUCUGAAUCUUCCGAGAGCGAGUCAGAAAAGAAAAAAUCCAAAUCCGCAUCCAAGGCAAAGUCCGCCAAGAAACAUACGAAAACUUCAUCCUCAAGCGAUGAUUCAAGCUCCUCCGACGAUUCGUCGUCCUCCUCUGAGUCGGAGGAGGAAUCCAAGGAGGCCAGCGACACUUCCGAUGAUCGCAAGAGCUCUUCAGACUCGAGCGCAACUGUCCGCCCAGACUCCCCUGUUCCAGCACCUGGAAACAAGCGCAAGCGAUCCGAUGAGGAUGAACCGCAAACGAGGAAGAAGCAACAGGGUGAACGUUUCCAAAAGGUUCCCACUGACUACAAGGUCGACCCUCGAUUUGCUAGUAACAAAUACGUCUCCUACGACUACGCCGACCGAGCACAUGCCGAUUUGGAACCUACAAAAGGCAAGGGUUUCACGAAGGAAAAGAAUAAGAAGAAGCGAGGUUCGUACAGGGGAGGACUGAUCGAUAUCAGUGGCGGAAAGGGCAUCAAAUUCGACGACUGAAGCAACACUUCCGUCUAUGGAUUGGAGAUGAAAUGAGUGUGCACAGGCUGAGUCGAUUGCGCACAAUCGGGUGUACAAUAGGACGGAAUGCGACGAGCUACACAUUGCCGAGCUGUCAAUCGGGAAAGCGAUCAUACACUCGACCAUUGACUUGCUCCUAUUGCAGUAAACGGCGUUCAUGGUUUCAUGGUCAUUGGAGUAAAAAAAAAUGUUUCAUACCCUAGAGCACAGAACUUUCACAAACUUCUCAUAUUCCAAUGAGAAGGUUUGAAUGGACGAAUCUAGAGAUUGCCGAGUACUUGAUAGAAUUCAACUUAUUAUAGCGACGCCAU